AUGAAGCGGGGGAGGGGGUCUUUUGUAGUCCUCAGAGAUAGCUGGGGACAGCACAAGAAGGUAUCAGCUGACUGGAUUUCUGACAGGACUUUUUUGCACUUCAUCUCUAACCUUCUCCUGUCUUGCAGGCACGUCAUGUUGCCAAAGGAUAUUGCCAAGAUGGUGCCGAAGACCCACCUGAUGUCCGAGACGGAGUGGAGGAACCUGGGAGUCCAGCAGAGCCAGGGCUGGGUGCACUACAUGAUCCACGAACCAGAGCCCCACAUCCUGCUCUUCCGCCGGCCACUACCCAGCAAGAAGCUCUAACCCCCAGCUCAUGCUGGACCCGGUCCUGCUGAUGACUGCAUGCACCUUCUCCUUGUAUUUAUACUGUCCAUGUUCCGUGUCCUAGUGCCACUCUACACCGUCUCCAGCGUGAGGUCUAUUUGGCUGUUAGAACUGCAUCUCUAACGUACUGUCACCCUGCCGCCAUCUCUCCUCGGAGACCCAUCUGACUGUAUUAGGAUUGAAGGUUUUCCAUGACCUGGUGGUGUCACUGCUGC